AUGAGCUUGAAAAAACUUGUGAGAGUGUUCUCGAGGCGGAAGACGGACGAUGACGAGUUGGGGGACUCGAAGCCGCAACUGGCCAGGGUGUUGGAGUUGGUAGACCUGACUGCACUGGGGGUUGGCUCCACCCUGGGUGUGGGCGUGUAUGUGCUUGCCGGGGCCAUAGCAAGGAAUGACAGUGGACCAGCCGUCACUCUAGCCUUCCUAGUGGCUGCUGUUGCUUCUGCCUUCUCAGGUGUUUGUUAUGCCGAGUUCGCAGCCAGAGUACCGAAAGCAGGGUCUGCCUAUAUCUAUAGUUAUGUGAGUGUGGGGGAAUUAGCAGCCUUCAUUAUAGGAUGGAACCUCAUCCUUGAAUAUGUCAUAGGUACAGCCAGUGUAGCAAGAGGUCUUAGCAACUAUGUAGACAAUCUACUGGGAUAUGUGAUGAAGAAUACGCUCACCAAACUAUUUCCUCUGCAUGUCAGUUUUCUAUCACCCUAUCCAGACUUCUUCUCAUGUGGCCUGAUAUUAGUACAAGCAAUGAUACUGUCAUGGGGAGUGAAAGAGUCCACUACUCUGAACAAUAUUUUCACUGCAGUGAAUUUACUCACAGUGGCGACUGUCAUAAUAUGUGGCUGUUGGAAGGCUGACGUGAAGAACUGGAUGAUAAAGAAGGAAGAUAUACCGGCCGGUGUGAGAGGAGGAGAGGGAGGAUUCAUGCCUUUUGGAGUGUCAGGAAUUAUGGCUGGAGCUGCCAAGUGCUUCUUCGGAUUCGUGGGUUUUGACUGUGUUGCAACUACUGGUGAGGAAGCCAAAAAUCCUCAACGGAACAUUCCUCUAUCAAUUGUUCUUUCAUUGAUAAUAAUCUUCCUCUCAUAUUUCGGGAUUGCCACAGUGAUGACACUCAUGUAUCCCUAUUAUCUACAGGAUCCUGACGCACCUCUACCAUUUGUCUUCAACGAGGUCGGUCUUCCAUCAAUUAAAUUAGCUGUUACAAUUGGUGCUAUAUUCGCUCUAUGUACUUGUCUGCUAGGUGCCAUGUUCCCGUUACCAAGGAUUCUCUACGCCAUGUCUCAUGACGGCCUGCUGUAUGAAUUCAUGUCCAGAGUUCAUCCUGUGUCAAAGACUCCAGUGUUGGCUAUGCUUUCCGGGGUAUUUGCAGGUAUAAUGGCGGCCAUAUUCAAUUUGGAACAGCUCAUCGAUAUGAUGUCGAUAGGAACACUACUAGCAUAUACAAUAGUGGCAAUAUGCGUAUUAGUUCUAAGAUACAGGGACUCCAAUCCAGUGAUGUACGAAACACCUCUCAUGAGACGUCAGAAUGGGAUGCCCAGUGCAAAAAAUCAAACUAAUUUCAUAGGAAACAGUGUGAGUCAGCUCUUUAAUCUGACUAUGAUGAAGUACCCCAAUUCAUCUACGGAAAGGAUAUCUUUCUGGGCCAUAACUGCUAUGAUUGUCAGUCUGUGCUGCACAUGCCUCUGUCUAAUAUACAUGGAGCCGGCCCUUGCUAGUGGUGAAAGCUGGGCAGUGGGCAUCGUAACCAUUGCUAUUAUGGUGGCCCUUAUCACUCUACUAGUUCUCCAUAGACAGCCUCAGAGCAAUACUCCUCUCACAUUCAAAGUGCCAUGUGUUCCUCUAAUACCAGCGCUAAGCAUAUUCAUGAAUUCCUAUCUGAUGUUGAAAUUGGACAUGCAUACCUGGAUCAGAUUUGGAAUUUGGCUCUUUAUUGGAAUGGUUAUCUAUGUAACCUACAGUAUACCCAACAGUGUGGAGGGGAUUAGAGACAGAAUAUCAGCUGCUGAAAGGAAACCUGUGCAAGUCGGAUCUAAUAAGUCGACCAGAAAAAAUGACAACCAAAAAUUUUAAAAGAUCUAAUUUUUAUGUGGGACAAACAGGAAGAAAUUGUCACCACAAAAUUUCGAAAUGAUUUGCUUUUUAUACUGGACAAACAGGGAGGAAUAUUUUUCCUGUGGAGGAGGAAUAUCUUCUCAAAUAUAUGAAUAACAUUUUCAAUAUAAAAUUUAAAGAAAUUGUCCAUAUAUUAUCAUGAGAAGAGAACUGGAUUGUUAUAGAACUGUCACAACUGGAUUUCAAAACAAUAUAUUUUCUUCAGUGGUCAAACAGGAAGAAAUAUGAUUCCUGUUUUGAUGAUGUCUCAUCCCGAUAUAAUUAUGUAAGAUAAUACUGAUUGUUCAUAUCAGAAUAAAACUAAAUCACUCAUCAAUAAGUAAUCUAUUCAUUAUGUAUUUAAAAUAAAUGUAUCUUUGUUUCUAAUAUUCUA